AUGCUUUUUUAUUAUUGCUUUAUUUCAGUUUUCUUCAUUAGGUUCUUUGGACAAGACCCCUCUACAGCUCCUCGCCGUCGCCCUAGCACUCGGUGGAUUCCGACAGCUCUACUCCAGCCACCUCCUUCCUCUUCUCCGCUGGCAAAAAAAGGAGAUAGUGUGUUGGAUUUAUGUUGUGGAAGUGGGGAUUUGGCUUUUCUCUUGUCUGAGAAAGUUGGACCCAACGGCCAGAUUGCUGCAUAUCGCCAGCGAAGGCGAUCAAAGCUCUGCUGCAAGAAUACUAAGUGUGUUGAAGGAAAUGCAGUUGAAUUACCGUUCUUUGAGUCCUAUUUUGACGCUAUCACAAUUGGCUAUGGGUUAACAAAUGUCGUAGAUGGGUCUAAAGCAAUGGAGGAGAUGUGCCGAGUUCUAAAGAAAGGUUCAAAAGUAUCUGUUCUCUAUUUUAACAAAAGCACUCAGCCGUUAAUCACUUUAAUUCAGGACUUGAUGGUUGAUUAUGUAAUAGUUCAUGUUGCUAGUGGGCAUGGCCUGGGAAGUGAGUACGGAUACUUGAAGAACUCGAUCAAGGAAUAUUUGACAGGAGAUGAGUUGGAGAAGCUCGCUUUAGAAGUCGGCUUUUCUUCUGCCAAACAUUUUGAGGUUGGUGAAGGAAUCAUGGGAAAUUUAGUAGCCACACGCUAA